CCAUAGCAAAGAAGGCAAAAGACAAACUGUGAUUUCUGCAGCUUCUUCGCUGUCCAAGGUGCUGAAGCAUUGCUUUGUACUGAGAUCUUAAUUUUCCGUAGGAUUUAGAUUGAAGGCGUUGGGUGUUGGGUAUGUAAUUUGUAGAAACAAUCACUCUCUAUAUCACUCCCCCUUUUACUUUGCUGUGAAAUGUUGAGUUUUCAAAUGUACCAUUAUUUGUACCUUCCUGUUUCGCUUGCUUUGUUCCCUAGUAUUUUAUACAGUAUGAUGUUUUUUCUACAAAGAAAUAUUGACUAUUAGCAGAGUGCAAAAUUAAAACGUCAGGUUUAUAUAGUGAUUUGUUUCUUGUCUCAACUAAUGCACUUUGAUGAACCUGCAAAAAGAAUGACACACACGUCAUAACCAGGCCUGUAGAUUGGUGCAUGUUAAUACAGAAUCGCGUUUAUGCCUCUAAGUGACGCUGUUGCAUGGUGAAUCAAUUCUGCAGUGCCUGGUGAGGCAGCAAUGUUCCCUCCCCUGUCCCUCCGUGUCAUAAUAUCUGAGGAUUUUUGUUUCAUACGGGGCCAGGCUUGCCACAGUCACAGUCUCUUUAAAAGUCUCUGACUCGACCUGGAUAAGCUCUUUUUUACUGGAUUGAAAACCUUGGUUAUAAAGUCAUAUACUUUUUUCUUUUUCCAUAUGGCAUUUAAAGAACAAGAUCGAGACAGAGGAGUAAAAUGGCGACUGCGGAGAGCAGCAUAUUUGUUUAUUUUUUUAUGUUUUUUUCCUAAACAAACGGAAGCUCAAAUAAGGUAUUCGAUCCCGGAGGAGAUGAAGAAAGGGUCCCUUGUUGGUAACAUCGUACAAGACCUCGGACUUGAUUUGAAAAGGCUUCGUUCUGGACGAGCUCGCAUAGUGACGGGAGAAAACGUUCAGUACACGGAGCUGAAGGCAGACAAAGGGAUUCUAGUCGUGAAUGAGAGAAUAGAUCGGGAGCAGCUUUGUGGAGACACCACACCUUGUAGCUUCACCUUUGAGAUUUUGCUGGAAAACCCAAUGGAGUUGCACUCCGUGACCAUAGAAGUAUUAGACAUAAACGACAAUGCUCCCAGUUUCCAGAACAACCACAUUGAAUUUGAAAUUAGUGAAUCAGCGGCGCUCGGAUCGCGUUUUGUUUUGGAGAGUGCAGACGAUGCCGACGUCGGAGAAAACACUCUGCAAAACUACAUCUUAACUCCGAACGACAAUUUUGUUUUAAAACAGCACGUUAACCCGGACGGCAGUAAAUAUGCAGAGAUGAUGCUGCAGAAGGCCUUAGACAGAGAAGAACAGCCACGCAUGUCUCUUAAACUGUUGGCUGUGGACGGCGGAAAUCCUCAGAGAUCCGGUACAGUAAAUAUAGGCAUUAGUGUCUUAGAUAGCAACGAUAAUGCCCCUGUGUUUAAUCAAUCAGUAUAUAAGGCUGUAGUCACUGAAAAUGCAGCCAAAGGUACUUAUAUUGCCUCAGUAAAUGCGAGCGAUAGAGACAGCGAUCUGAAUAGUGUAAUUACAUAUUCAUUUUCAAAAUCAAAAGCAGGACUAGCUGAUUUGUUCCAAAUAGAUGAAGCUACUGGAAAAAUAUACGUUGCAAAAGACAUCGAUUUUGAAAGAGACAGAAAAAUCGAGUUCAGGGUUGAAGCUAAGGACGAAGGCGGACUGACAGACUCGUGCAAAGUUGAAAUUGAAGUUAUCGAUGUAAAUGACAAUGCACCGGUCAUUAAUGUUAUGUCAUUCACUAGUCCUGUCUCUGAAGACUCUCCAGUUGGUACCACUAUUGGCAUAAUUAAUGUUAAAGAUCUAGAUUCUGGUAAAAACGGCCAGGUGCAAUGCUCAAUUGAAGGCAACGUUCCCUUUAAAAUCAAAUCCACUGUCAGAAAUUACUACGCAGUGGUAACUGAUGCCUUAUUGGAUCGUGAGAUUUUGCCAGAGUGUAACAUCACUGUUAACGUCUCCGACGCCGGAUCGCCUUCACUCUCGACAAAAAGAAUAUUUUAUUUAAAAAUAUCGGAUGUCAAUGAUAAUGGACCUUUAUUUUCACAAGUCACAUACAGUGCAUUGAUGGCAGAGAAUAAUUCUCCAGGUGUUUCUGUACUAAGUGUGGAUGCGAAAGAUCCAGAUGAAAACCACAACGCCCGUGUUUCCUAUAUUUUAGAAAACUGCGAGAUCGGAGGAACUCCAAUAUCUGACUACUUGUCAAUUGAUUCAGAAAAUGGUGUGAUUCGGGCUGUACGUUCGUUUGAUUAUGAACAAAUCAAACAAUUGGAAUUUACCAUAAAAGCUCAGGAUGGAGGUUCUCCUCCACUCAGUAGUAAUGUGACGGUGAAAAUCCUGAUCCAGGACCAGAACGACAACCCUCCUCAGGUUCUGUACCCAGUCCAGACUGGGGGCUCUAUGGUGGCUGAGAUGGUGCCUCGUUCAGCAGAUGUGGGCUAUCUGGUGACUAAAGUGGUGGCUGUGGAUGUGGACUCUGGACAGAACGCCUGGCUCUCCUAUAAACUGCAGAAAGCCACAGACAGGGCGCUGUUUGAAGUGGGCUUACAGAAUGGAGAAAUCAGAACCAUCCGCCAAGUGACUGAUAAAGACGCAGUCAAGCAGAGGCUGAGUGUUAUAGUGGAGGACAACGGGCAGCCCUCUCGUUCAGCUACAGUCAUUGUUAACGUGGCGGUGGCGGACAGCUUCCCUGAAGUGCUGUCGGAGUUCACGGACUUUACACACGACAAGGAGUACAAUGACAACCUGACUUUUUACUUAGUGCUGGCUCUGGCUGUGGUUUCCUUCCUGUUCAUCACGUGUUUAGUGGUCAUCAUAUCAGUCAAAGUGUACAGGUGGAGACAGUCUCGCAUCCUGUAUCACUCCAACCUGCCUGUGAUUCCAUAUUAUCCACCACGUUACUCAGACACUUUGGGGACAGGGACUCUCCAACACGUGUACAACUACGAGGUGUGCAGGACCACUGACUCCAGAAAGAGUGACUGUAAGUUCGGCAGAGCCGGUAGUCAGAACGUGCUGAUCAUGGAGCCCGGUUCAACGGGGACGAUGCAGAGGAUGCAGAGUGAAAAGAGCAUCUUGGACGAACCAGACUCUCCUCUAGAGGUUAGUUAAAUUAUGCUUUUUUGUCUUUGUUUCGCUCGACAGUUAUUUUCAGCACCAUGGACAGCUUAGUGCUUAUUCUAAGUUGCUUGUUUUUUUUUAUCUGCAAAGAAAACCUACUGCAGGUUAGUCUCUCGUCCACUAUCGUACAUGACAAACUGUAUACUAUUCUAGCAUUUUUUCAGACAGUAUUGACUUCAAAUUGCCCUGGUGGCCGUUGAAUAGACAACCAGUCGCACUUUUUUGUUUUCCAAAUAGUUACUCAGAUGUCAUAAAAAUCGGUGUGCUAGAAAAAUGUUUAGAACGUUUUUUUUGCGCAUUGUCUUUGCCAA